GUCAUCGAUUCCUUUCGUUCGGAAAAGGAGGUGGCUGCCCCGAACAUUUCCAUCGUCCUCACGCCGCUGCCUUAUCCAUUUUCUCUCCUCACCCACCACACACUCCCAAGCAAACCUCCAUUCCCAUCCCCUUUCCUCACUACGCAGCACGGAGGAAGAGCACCAAGUGUCGGUGACGAGGUGGGCAGCGGCGGGGAGGAACUCUACCAGAUCCAACAUCGGGACAUUGUGCGGCCGAGAUGGGGCGAGCUGCGUUGUCCUCGUCGGCGUUGCGCCUCCCAAACUCCACCGGCGUUGAGCCUCGAGCUGGGGCUCGGCAGCCUCAUCCAGCCGCCUCCGAGCAGCCUUGCGGUGGCCCGGCAACAUGCGCGGUGUCCCGCCACAGGGAGGCUCGCCGGAAGAGCCGCUCAUCGGGGAGCGCACGAGGAGCAGCCGACAGAUAGGCUCGCUGGGAAUGCGCGCCGUGGCCUCCGUCGGUCAAUGACGCCCUCAUGCCCAGGGCCAGAGCAACGGCAGGGGGGUAGAGGUAAGCGGCGGCGAUGCCCUCAAGCGGCGCGUCCUACAUCGACAGCUGACGGUUGUCCAUGGGCCAAUGCCCUCCGCCGGAGGAGUCGCUGGUGCUCGCUUAGGUCGGGGGCUUCCUCUUCCAUUUUUCCCACGGCGCGUGCUUGGACAGGAUCUGGGGAGGUCGGCUGCUUCCUCUUCCAUUUCCCCCGCCAGUCGAGUGAGUAGGAGCAGUUUGCUGCUCCCGUGGUAAAAGGCCUGUAGGUUCCGAUGGUGGGGCGUUCGUGCUGGGGCGUUCUCCUCCCGAACGAGUCGUUCGGUGGAUGCCCCUCCCGUCCCGAACGAAGCGUUCGGUAUGGGAUGGUCCCAGAUGGAACAGUCGCGUCUCUAGCCGCACUCCUAACAGGUUUUUUUCAGACGUUUUUCCCGCAUUGACGUCUAAAAAACGGUCAAGUUGCCUUCUCAGGAGCCUGUUUUCGCCAGCUUAGACCAAAAUUGACGUCGGCGUAUUCAAGCCGAACCCGACGCGCUGGGGGGCGUCCGGGGACACCGGGGCGAGCGUUUUUGGCGCGAAAGAACCGCGGCUAGCCGCGUCAGUGAGACGGCGCCUCGUUUUCCUCAGAGCGCCUCGGUUUCCCGCGGGGAAUCAAUGGCGAGGCUGCCGCCGGUCAGCCUUACCAUUAAUUCCUCACGGGUGGCGCGGCGACGUCUCCCCUCCCGCCACGCGUACACACAGCGCGGGCUAUAAAAUCCGUCGCUCUCCCUCGCCGCUGGCCACACUGGCCUGAGCCCAAACCAGCCGUCGAGCUCCCUCGUCUCUGCUCUCUACCGUCCGCGUCGCCGGGCUCCCCCGUCCUCCCCUUCCCCGGCGAUGGCCGAACGCUUUCCAGGCGAUGCCGCGGCGGCCAACGACUUCGACCACCGCUCGCUCCAGAAGCGGGAGGCAUGGCUGCUUUUCGAGGCCAACAUCUCGACGCCGUCGAACAUGCGCGCCGGGCCGACGGGGUGGAGGCUCAGCAACGGCGGCGGCCCCAUCCCCCCGGUGCCUGACGUCGACGCGCGCCCCGGCGUCUUCGCUGCCGAGGUCGACCGCGUGCGGGCGUCCCUAACAGAGGAACAGUGCGCCCUUUUCCAGUACGCUGCCGACAACCACGCGUCGUGGGCGGACUACUUCCAGCGACGGCAAGCGCAGCAGCUGGCGUCCACGAACGGGGUGCCGGUGGUCGGCGGUGUCAAGAACAGCGACGACCGCCGCGUCUAGUGGGGCGUCCCGGGCCGCACGCUCCACGAAGUGCUGUAGUACCUCGAGGGCGGCAAUAACCCGCUGCUGGCAUACCCUGUCGCGACGGCCGCCCCCCCCCCCCGCUGGAGCGCCGGGCCUUGGGCGCCCAGGAGGAUCGGUUCCUCUUCUUCCUCGUCGUCCCGCUCCUCCUCCCACUCUUCCCGCUCGCCGCGUUGUUCGACGUCAAGGCCAAGCCCGCCGCGAAGACGCCGCUCGGCCGGCGCACUCGCAGCGUCGACAUCGUCAACAACGAGGGUGGUAGACGCGUCCCCUCCUCGGCUCCUCUGUGCUUCGUCAAGCCAAAGAUGGAGUCGGGGCACGCCGCCGUCAAGACGGAGCCGAAGCUCCCCGUCGUGAAGACGGAGCCCGGGCUCGCCGGCGGCGUCAAGGAGGAGCUCGACGACGCGGUGGCCCUCAAAUGGGCGCGCGAUGACUGGGCGUAGCUGGAGCUGGAGCGCCAGCGCGCCGCCUACGAGCGGUUUGAAGCUCGGCGUCGUGGCCGGGACGAGGGAGGCGUCGUCGUCCUCGACGACAGCGACGACGACGACGCGCCGCCGCCACCACCGGUCCACCUUGGAGACAUCGGGCAGGAGUCCAGCAGGGGGGCCACGCCGUCAAGAAGGAGAAGGCUGGCGACGACGAUGAGGACGGCGGCGACGUCGGCGACUUCGCCGCGCUCAGCGACUUCUUCGCGCCCGUAGAUGUCUUUUUUUAAUAAUUUAUGUAACGUUGAACAUGUUGAAUAUUAAUAUCAGAUUUGCCGAAUUUAGCCGAACUUUGCCGAAUUCAGAUUUUUUAAAAUAAAAUAAAAACACAUCUGGGGCGAGCGGCUGGGAACCCGCUCGCCCCAGCACCGAUUUUAGCGCCGGCUCGCCCCCCGGGGACGCGUAAAAUCACCGUCUGAAGGGCCAACGGCUGGAGAUGCUCAAGGCUGCAGAGAUCGCCACCGGCGACGUAGAAACGACCAAAUUCAAGGGUUCGGGUUGGCUUCAUGAGGUGCGUGUGGAAGGAAAUGUCGCUCCAUUUUAUUUUAUUUUUUGCGAAAGAAAAUGUCGCUCCAUGCGAGCUGCGUUACAUAAUAUAUAUGCAAAUGGUGGUAGGGUGAAACCAGGUCGGACCCGAAUGGGCAAUGCUCAUAUCGUAUAAUAUUCUAUUGUUCUUUUUGGGUUCGAAUCCCGGAUUA